UUCUGAAAAGAACUUUCCAGGGACUCAUUUCAUCUUGGGGGGGCCUUGUACUCUUGUCCCCACGUGUGAAAGGUGGAAUGAUUGACACAGGAAUAUACCCAACUGAAAGAUUAAAGAAUUGAAGGUGUGGUAGUUAAUUAUACAAUUUCUUUAUUGGUAUGGUACUAACCUGUCGAGUUUUCUAUGGUUUUUAUGAUUAGCUGUUGUCCUUGUUACUAUGAUAAGGAUGGCGGCUGUUGCUGGGAUCUCUUGAAAAUGGUUUUUGUCUCCGUUUUGGGUGGUAUAUGAUUGAGGCCUCAGCUCAAGUCCCUCUCUCUCUCUCUCUCUCUCUCUCUCUCUCAGUAGAGGGAAAAACCAUACUUUUCCUGGGAUUUUCAGAUUCUGAGGCAGAAAAGAAAAAAGAAGAUGGCUGCUUAUUACCCAAGUGUAAGCAAUCAAAGAGACAUCUUGCCAGUUCCAUAUCUAAGGGACCAUAAACAGGAUCUCGAUCCCGAACCACCCUAUCCGCCAACUAAUCUGAUGUAUAUGAACCAAUACACAUCUGCUGCAUCCUUUCAGGAUCUCUUCUCUGGGGCUUCUCCCUCUCUUUAUGAUCCAUCUGUUGGAGCCAAAGAUGAGCUGGAAUUCAUCCCGCCAACAAGUGGAAGAACGUCGGUCCAAAUUGCUGGCGGGGAACAAAAUUUAAGGUGUCAAGAAUUAUCUCUCAGCCUUGGGAUGCAGUUAACUUCUGGCGUUCACGUGCCUUCAUUCGGUUACCAAUAUGCAGACUCAGAUAAUACAUACAGUACAAUCAAGUUUGGUGAUUUGACUAGCCCUUAUGGUGCUAUGGGCACGAAUGACAUGCAUUUUAGUUCCAAUAUAUGUGAGCCAUCAGGUGUUGGUAGCACAACUUGUAACUCCAAAUAUCUCAAGGCGGCACAGCAAUUGCUCAAUGAGGUAGUUAAUGUUCAAGAAGCUAUGAAACAGUUCGAGACGAACAAACACAAGGAUUCCUAUGACAUGAAGAUGAAUGGGAGUUCUUCCGAUCCACAAGAGUCGACUGCCAAGUGCUCUCCAGAAAUUUCACCAUCGGAACGACAGGAUAUGCAGAACAACCUAUCAAAACUUAUGUCCAUGUUGGAGGAGGUUGAAACAAGAUACAGAGAAUAUCACCAUCAGAUGCAGAUUUUGGUAUCAACUUUCGAAAUGGUAUCAGGGCAUGGCGCUGCUAUACCCUACACAUUACUUGCGCUCAAAACAAUCUCCCGCCACUUUCGUAGUUUGCAUGAUGCAAUCAACAGUCAGAUUAAAGCGAUCCAGAUAAAGUUAGGGGAUCAAGAUUCUGCUCAAAGGGUAUUACCUCGUCUCCGCUUUGUGGAACAGAAGCUCAGGCAACAAAAGCAGUUUGGUAUUAUGAGACAUUCUUGGAGACCACAAAGAGGGCUUCCAGAAAGUUCCGUUUCUAUUCUUCGUGCUUGGCUGUUUGAGCAUUUCCUUCACCCUUACCCAAAGGAGUCUGAGAAAGUUACGCUUGCAAAGAAGACAGGACUUAGCAGAAGACAGGUUGCAAACUGGUUUAUAAAUGCACGGGUGCGUCUCUGGAAACCCAUGGUAGAGGAGAUGUACAAAGAAGAAUUCAGUGAGGUGGACUUCAAAUUUUCACCCGAACUCUUAACCAAAGCAGCAACAGAUAAAUCAUGGCCACCGGAAGAUAUGGGGGACGAGUUGCAUGAUUUUGUGGUAUGAGAGGUGCAUGCUUUUCUGCUAUGUUGUGAAUAUUAUCCAAUCUUCUUGUGAGGAGGAAUAGGAAGAAAAUAAAGAAGGCAGAAAGGUUCUUUGCCACUCAUUUUACUUGUUAGCUCAUUGGAAAAGGGAGGAGAAAGGAGUACUGUAAAUAUGAAUGUUGACAUGGGUUUAAACCAUUUGUAGACUGAUUCCAAGCAAAAUGGAUUCUUUGUAUAGAUACAAUAGGUAUACGUCUCUGUAAUAUUCGUCGAAUAAUGAAAUUCGUACACUUGAAAAUGUGUGAGAUUGAUGUAUGAUCUCUUUUGAAAUA